AGAUAAUAUUAGAUAUUAGAUGUCCUCACAUCAAGUAUGACGCUAUAACCCCUGCAUGCUAAUCUACCAGUUUGAAAACGAGUGAAUCUUUUUUUAUUUUGAACGAUAGAAUUCCAAAGUCAAAUAAUUAGCGGAUUUACGAAAUGUGUGAUAUGUUGCAAUAAUGAUAACAAGAGAUUCGCACCGCUCUCAUUGAUUUGACUGAAUGAAUGCCCUGUGCAAAAACAAGCAAACAGCCUAAUGAAUGUAUUGGAAAAUCACAUAAAUGGUUCCAAUCUACCAAACUUUACAGCUCGCAGUAGCAGUUUAAGUUCUUAUGCCACAUUCAAUGAUUCUGAAUCCAGCCCAAUUUUAAGACCUGUCUGUUCACCUUCUGGUGCUAAAUCAUGGUUAUCUCAAGUAGAUCUUGGAUGCCCAGUUUGUCAACAUGAGUUCUGCUUCAGCUCACUCCUGUGUACUACCGAAAACGUCCAGGGUCAGUUACCGGAGAACUCUGAGAAGGUGAUUCAUGAUUUGCACGCUAGACUUCACGCUGUUUCGUUGGAAUGUACAGUCCUAAGGUCAGAACUCGAAGUUCUUCAUAAAGCAUUUACUUCAAAAUGUGAAGCAGUGAAAAUAUUAACGUUGAAUAAUUCUAAUUCAUCUGAGGAAAGUGAUCGACAGAGAAACACAGUUUAUGCUUCAACCAUUGAACUAAAAAAGGAAACUGAAAGACUAAAAAUACAGCUUGAAUUAAGCAAAGGUGCUUUGGUAUCACAAUGCCAAUCAUUUGAAGCAAAAAUCCAACAAUUACAAAUGGAAAAUGAGAAUCUUAUGAGACAGUUGGAAAAUUUACAACUUAAAACUGGCCAAUUAUUAGAAGAAAAUAUGCAUCUUUUGCAGAGAAACACAAGUCUAAGUUGUACACCUUCAUGUGAAGAAUCAGUUGUAGGGUCAUUGGAAGAUAUGAAUUCAGAUAAAAUCUCUGAAAUAUAUUUAGAUGAAAAUUCAUUACAAAAGCUAGCUGAUCAAGAUGCCCCACUGACAUCUGAAGCUGUACUUUAUUUACUUCAAAAUCAGUCAAAGCCAUGCUUAAACGAAAGACAGAUUCCAGUACCCGUUAUGAAAACAACAUUAAAAAAAACUCCAGAAUCUCAGAAUAAAUUUCAAUCAUUCUUCAGUCGCUUACGUUCUUCUGGAUCAGAUAAAAUGCUUCAAAGUUAUAAACAACAAACAGUUAAACCUACUUUUACUGAAAAAGAAAGUCAAUGUGAUUUUAUUCCAUUUGCAUAUCGAAGUCCAAAUAUUCGUGAAAUAUCUGUCCCACUGAAAUGCAUGUGCAACAAAGAAGCUGAAGUAGCUUGUAAAUGUGCUCGAACUGCUGUCGGUAUUCAACGGCAACUUCUAAAGUGUAAAUGUGAGCUAUCUGAACUGACAAAGAGAUUCAAAGAAAUAGAGCUAAGCGAAGAUGCCUAUCGUCAUGCACUGAGGGAACAAUAUCAGAAAAACAUAAAUAUGUCUAUCCAGCUGUCUGAAAUUCUACCCUAUACGCCUACAGAAUCAUUACAAUCUCAAAAUUAUACACCAUCUUCAUCAACAAUGAAAAAUUCAUCAUCCAGUAGUAAGAAACACCAACCAGUAGUUUCAAAUCCAUCAACAACGGAAUCACUUAAUAACUUACUAACUUGGUUUCAUAAGAUCCUAGAUACAACCGCAACGUCAAUGAAAAGUUUAUCAUCUUCGCUUGGUAGCCUACCCUUUGAUGAGAACAAAGAGGAUUACGACUAUAGACAAUAUAGCUGUUCUAAGCACGAAUCACAAAAAGAUGAAACAUCACUGAAUGAACCUUAUUUGCAUUGUUAUGAGAAAAAUCCAAAUUUCUAUACAAUUAGUAAAUCCUAUGAAGGAUCACAGAACGAACAAAUCACUUUGUCUGUUAAACGAAAAAUAAGCAAAAGAAGUCAAAGGAUUAACCAGAAUUUUAUGCCAACACAGUUAGAAGACACAAGUAGCAGCGAUAGGCAUACCACUCCGAAGAAUGGUACACCACAAAUAGACGGUGAAUCAGUUUCUCAGAAUCCUAUAGUCUAUCAACGUAAAAUUUCAAGAUCAUCUUCCAGACAUGCAAAAAGGCUCAAAUCCAGAUGUCGAUCAGUGGAUUAUGGUACUUUUCCCCAGGUCAAAAAAGAUGAAAAUAUAAAUACGAUGCUAUUGCAUCAGCUUCUACUUCUAAUGAAUGAGGUUGCUAAUCUCAUUGUCAAGCAAAAAUUAGUUUGUGAUCAUAAACGCUCUUGUCGUUCGUCAUCAGCUUUAUCAUAAUUACGAGAGAAUCUCUAUCGACUUAUCAACUUUCCUCUUAAAUUUACAACAUAGACAUUGAAAGAGGAAACUUGUUGCACCUUUUCUCUUUACUCAACCUGCGCAUUUUUUAUCGGAAUACUUGAUGUUUUUGUUUGUUCACGCAUUUUUUGCUUUUACGUAUUUCAAAAUUUGAAAUCCACCCGGAAACUAAUAUCUUACUAUUGAUUGGGACAUCUUUUCUGAUGUGAAUUUCUUCUCAUGUACAAAUUAUUUUUGACUCUUCUACAGUUCUACCAGUAGUCAUCAGCUAACUGAAUAAGAAUCUUUCCAAAUAUAACAAAUUAUGUCACUUUAUCUAUGCGAUUAAAUUACGCUGAUAUUAUGUGAAUACAGACAUUCAAAAUAUGCAUUGUAUAUAUUUCUUCUGCUUAGAAAUCCUAGGUAGCUGUUAUAUCUCUAUCUUGACGGUUUGUUCAAUGUU